CUUGUAAGUGUAACAACCACACCAAUUUGUGCCACAUCAGCUCUGGAAAAUGCUUCUGUACCACAAAGGGCGUCAAGGGAGACCAGUGUCAGCUAUGCGAUUCAGAGAACCGAUACCUUGGUAACCCUCUCCGUGGAACUUGUUACUACAACCUGCUGAUCGACUACCAGUUUACUUUCAGCCUGCUUCAGGAGGAUGACCGCCACUACACCGCCAUCAACUUUGUGGCCACACCAGAACAGGCCAACAAAAACCUGGAGAUGUCCAUCAAUGCCUCCAACAACUUCAACCUAAACAUCACCUGGUCCUUCAGCUCAACAGCUGGUACCAUAUCUGGUGAGGAGAUGUCUGUCAUAGCGAGGAUGAACAUCAAGGAGCACAGGGACAGCUUCUCAUGUGAAAAGUUUAACUUCAGGCUUCACCACAACAUCACCUUUUAUGUCUAUGUGUCCAACUUCAGCUGGCCAAUCAAGAUCCAGAUUGCUUUCUCCCAGCACAACAGCAUCAUGGACCUGGUACAGUUCUUCGUCACCUUCUUCAG